AUGGCGGACGCCAUGACGCUCUCCUACCUGCCCCUCUCGCUUGCCACGGUCCUCUUCGUCCUCGUCCUGCUCGGGAACCUCAGGAAGCGCCGGCGUGAGCGCGGACUCCGGCUGCCGCCGAGCCCGCCGUCCCUGCCGGUCAUCGGCCACCUGCACCUCUUCAAGAAGCCGCUCCACCGCGCGCUGGCCAACAUCGCCGCGGCGCACGGGCCGGUGCUGCUCCUCCGCUUCGGCUCUCGCCGCGUGCUCCACGUCGCCGACCCGGCCGCCAACGAGGAGUGCUUCACAGCGCACGACGUGGUCUUCGCCAACCGGCCCCGGCUCCCCUCCGCGCGCCACCUCUCCAACGGCUACACCACGCUGGGGUCCUCCAGCUACGGCCCCAACUGGCGCAACCUCCGCCGCAUCGCCACCGUCGAGGUGCUCUCCGCGGGCAGCCUCCUCCGCUCCGCGGCCGUCCGCGGCGACGAGGUGCGCCUCGCUGCACGCCGCCUCUUCCUCGAGGCCGCCGCCGCCGGGGCGUCGGAGCCGAGGCCCGCGCGCGCCGACGUGAAGGCGCGGGCGUUCGAGCUGGCGCUGAACGUGGUGGCGCGGAUGAUCGCCGGGAAGCGGUACUACGGCGGCGAGGGAGACGUGCCGGAGUCUGAGGCGGAGGAGGCCGCCAGGUUCCGGGAGAUGGUGCGCGAGUACUUCGCGAUGCAUGGCGCGUCCAACCUGCAGGACUUCCUGCCUGUGCUCGGCGUGCUGGACAUCGGCGGCGCCAGGAGGCGGGCGGUGCGGCUGGCCCGGAAGCGCAACGAGUGGGCGCAGCGGCUCAUCGACGAGCACCGCGCCGCCUUCGACGAUGGCGAGGGGAAGAGCCGCCGCGGCAGGACGAUGGUCGGCGACCUGCUGGAGAUGCAGGCGGCCGAUCCGGAGGCGUACAGCGACAAGGUCAUCAGAGCGCUCUGCCUGAGCAUCCUUCAAACCGGCACGGACACCUCGUCGAGCACCAUCGAAUGGAGCAUGGCGGAGCUGCUCAACCACCCGGACGCCAUGGCAAAGGCGAGGGUGGAGCUCGACGAGGUCGUCGGCACGGGGCGCCUCCUGGAGGAAGCCGACCUUUCCAGCCUGCCCUACCUCCAGUGCAUCAUCAAGGAGACCCUCCGGCUGCACCCAAUCGCCCCGCUCCUCGCCCCACACGAGUCCUCCGCCGCCUGCUCCGUCGCAGGCUACGACAUCCCGGCGGGAACCAUGCUCCUUGUCAACGUGCACAUGAUGCACAGGGAUGCGCUCAUGUGGGAUGAGCCGACAAGGUUCUCGCCAGAGAGGUUUGAAGGCGGGAGGGGCGAGGGAAAGUGGAUGCUGCCAUUCGGAAUGGGGAGGAGAGGGUGCCCUGGCGAGGCGCUAGGCAUGAACAUGGUCGGGCUCGCUGUCGGCACGCUGGUGCAGUGCUUUGAGUGGAGGAGGGUCGGCGAGGAGGUGAUUGACAUGGCUGAAGGGUCAGGGCUGACCAUGCCCAUGGCUGUACCUUUGGAGGCUUUGUACUGGCCUCGUGCAGAGAUGACACCGGUGCUAAGGGCACUCUAG